AUGAUAUCAGCUUUGAAGAAGAAAUUCAGUGGGGUAGACAGUGGUGAUCGUCAUGGCGGUAAUGAGCUUGAACGUAUGCCGCAUGGUAUUGCUGCUCUUGACCUAGAACUACAAAGGAAAUAUGCGAAAGGAGUACAAUAUAACAUGAAAAUUAUAAUACGUGGUGACCGAAAUGUUGGAAAGACUUCUCUAUGGCGGCGUCUACAAGGUUUGCCAUUUCUGGAUGAUUAUGCACCAACUAAUGAAAUACAGGUUGCGUCUAUACAAUGGAACUAUCGUACGACAGAUGACGUUGUCAAAGUAGAUGUAUGGGAUGUAGUUGAUCAAAGCACAAAGAAGCGUGUGAAACCAGAUGGUCUGAAACUGAAGAAUAUGGAGUCAAAAUUCAUAGAAGUUGCUUGUGAUGCGCAGUUUGUUGAUGUCUACAAAGGCGCCAAUGGAGUUAUACUUAUGUUUGAUAUUACUAAAAACUGGACAUGGGAUUAUGUAACCAGAGAAUUGGACAGCGUUCCUAGCAAUAUACCAGUACUGAUUAUAGGAAACAGGCGGGACAUGGGUCAUCAUCGACAAGUUUCCGAGGAUAUUUGUCGACUAUUUGUAGAAACCUAUAAACGAAAAGAAUGUCCAAAUGGAAGUCAAGCUUCGGAGAUUCGUUUUAUGCAAUGUUCAAUGCGCAAUUCUUUUGGAUUACGCUUCCUCUAUCUUUUUUUCAAUAUACCUUUUUUAUAUCUACAGCGUGAAACGCUUAUUGGUCAAUUAGAGACUAAUCGACGGGAUAUUGAGCUAAGUUUUGAUGAAUUGGACAUGUAUGAAGAAACACAGGAUGCUAAUUACGACAGAUUUAUGGAAAAUAUGACAACUCGUCGACGUCUUGCCGCUGAAAAAGUUGCUCCCGUAUCAAUAUCCGAUAGAGUAAGAAGUGGAUUACCAUUUGGUGAAGGACAUCCAAUACCAUUUGCUGAGCCAUACUGUCAACCUUUUGUUCACUCAUCGUCUAAUAUUGCUACGCAUUCGCCAAAUGUUGCAUCUCCUUCCUUUAUCAGACGUCAUUCAGCAAAUUCAACAGAUUAUUCGAUUACAUCAAUCACUACAUCAUCUUUACAAGUAGAUAAUAGUGAGCAAUUAAUAAACAAAAGCGCACCUAUAAUGGAUGUCCUAUCGAAUCAUCUGGUUAACAGCGAUGAGGAAGUGAACAAUAUGGUGACUACGUACGAAGAAGACGUAUCAUCUGAAGAUGAGCUGGAAGUUGAGAAAACAAAUAUUACACAAAAACAAAGGAUGACAUUGAAUAGCUCUCGAUUGCAAUUAUCCGAUGAGUCGAAAAAUGAACCACAGACACCUAUGGCAUAUAAAGUACCGAUUGUCAAUCUGACAGAGAGCGUAACUGACAACGAUAAAAUGGAAGCUUUUGGCAACAAAAUGGAUUCGGAAUUUUGGAAUAAUGAUUUAGAUGCUUGGCUUAACGAUAUCGAAGAUAAUGAGAACAAUACAGAACUAAUAUAUAGAGAGCCAGAUGAUUCGGGUCCAAAUCCUUUGGUUGCUUCUAUACCCGCUGAUUCAGAGAGCGAAGACGAGAUUGGACAUUAUCCGUUCAUCUGCACUAAAACUGAUCAUCUCGGUAUAAGGAAAGAUAAUACAAACGAAUCGAAAGCAAGAACUGUUAAUGAGUUUGUGGAUAUGGAAGCAAAAUCAAAAACGAAGUCCUCUUUAAGGAAAGAGCUGUCAAGCAAAAAAAGCAAUAAAUUUACCCAUAAUAAAGGUAAAUUCGACAGGGGAAGUGACCGUAAAACUGCCGAGAUGUUGAGUACCGGAGAUUUUUUGGAUAGAGAAUCUACUGUGGAUCCGAAUGGUUAUGAUCCAUUAUAA